AUGGAGGGGGUGUCUAUGAACCCGGGAUUCUCUGAUCAUUGCCCUCUAAGUGUGAAGUUUGAUACAAGUAGCCAAGUUGGAGGGAAACCUUUCAAGUUUUUGAAUUGUCUGAUAAACUUGAAGUCUUUUGAAGGUACAGUCCAGAUUGGUUGGGAGCUUGGGAAGAGCAGACAAACAAUGUUGACAGUGUGGAACAAACUUAAGAAGUUAAAAGUGUUACUGAAGCAGAUGAAUAAAGAGGAGUUCACUAGCAUUGAUAGUAAGAUACAAAAUGCUAGAGAAAGAUUAGAAAGUAUGCAGAACCAAAUGAGUUGUCCUGACCAAGGAGAAAUGCAGGUUGAAUUGGAAAGAACUACUAAAUUGGAGCUGGAGAAAUGGCUAAUGGUGGAGGAGAGUAUUAUGAAGCAGAAGUCCAGAGUGCAGUGGCUUAAUUUGGGAGAUUCUAAUACAGUUUUUUAUCAUGCUUGUAUGAAAAAUAGACAAGCAAGGAACAACAUUGGCAGGCUAAUUGAUAGUAAUGGGGAUAUAGUGCAAAAUCCUGAAGAGAAUGAUAAUGUGUUGAAUAGGAGUCAACAACUACAGUUAAUCAGACCAGUCAGCAGGAAAGAAGUGAAGCAAGCUUUAUUGGGCAUCGAUGAUAACAAGGCACCAGGGUGUGAUGGGUAUAACUCCUACUUCUUUAAGAAGGUAUGGCACAUUGUGGGAGAGGAAAUAACUACAGCAGUUCAAGAUUUCUUUGAGAGUGCAGAAAUGUGGGUGAUGGAUAGACUGGUAGAUAAUUGUCAAGCUGCUUUUGUACCUGGAAGGCUGAUCAUAGAUAACAUUUUGAUGAGUCAUGAACUAGUGAAAGGUUAUGGAAGGAAGAAAAUCAUUGUGAGAUGGAUAAUGGCUUGCAUCAGUACGGUGACUUAUUCAGUUCUAAUAAAUGGUAGACCAACAGAUCCUUUUGAGGCAAAGAAGGGGCUCAGGCAGGGUGAUCCACUGUCACCUUUCUUAUUUGUUUUGACUAUAGAAUACCUGAGCAGGUCAUUGAAGACUCUGAAGGAAGACAAGAAGUUUCAAUAUCAUCCCAGGUGUGCCAGGUUUAACUUAGUGCAACUGGGGUUUGCAGAUGAUUUAUUAUUGUUUUGUAGAGGUGAUGUGCAAUCUGUGCAGAUACUGUAUCAGCUUUUCCAGAAAUUCUCUGCAGCCUUAGGACUGGUUGCUAAUCUAAAUAAGAGCUGCAUCAAUUUUGGAGGAGUGAAUCAGUCGACUCAGCAACAAAUUAAGGAGAUUCUUGGUUAUAAAAAGGGAGAAUUUCCUUUUAGAUAUCUAGGGGUUCCAAUGAGUACUAAGAGACUAUCUGCUAUACAAUGUGUGCCACUAAUUGAGAAAAUGUUGCAUAGAAUUCAGAACUGGGCAACAAAGUAUUUGUCAUAUGCAGGUAAAGCAGUCCUAGUGAAGAGUGUACUGUUUGCUAUACAAAUAUUUUGGGCACAGAUCUUUAUACUGCCCAAGAAAGUUAUACAGUUCAUAGAGAUCAUCUGUAGAAGGUUUCUGUGGACAGGAGAUGCUGAACCAACUAAGAAUGCCUUGAUAGCUUGGGAAAGACUUUGCUCACCUAAGUUUGUAGGGGGAUUGAAUUUUAUUGAUGUGGCACUAUGGAAUGAAGCUGCUAUUUGCAAAUUUCUAUGGAAUAUAUGUACUAUGAAGUAG